GCACAUAGGUACGACGUGACCAAUCAGAGCGGAACGUGGGCGGGCUUAGUGAGCAUCGCUCUGUCAGAGCGGAGCGGCUGGAUGACGUUCGAGCACCGGAGAAGUGGGAGAAUCCGCUCUGGACAUCACUGCUUUCCCCGGAUUACUCUGAAUGAGUUUGCUAUAAACGGCUAGAGUUACAUAACAGCUAGUAAUUCACAGAGCUAGCCUGUCUCGUAUACAACUGCAAGGCGAAGCAUACGCCGAAUUACAUGUUAUCUCGGAAUAGGCAUCGACCGUUGUGUGCAUUUACGUCUGGGUGUCAAGUGCGUGUGUUGCGGAGCAGAAGUUCCAGAAGGUUACUUAAAGAGCAUCCAUCAUGUCAGUAGUAGGCAUAGACUUGGGUUUCCAGAAUUGUUACAUCGCGGUGGCCAGGAGUGGUGGCAUUGAAACCAUCGCCAAUGAGUACAGUGACAGAUGCACGCCGGCUUGUGUGUCUUUGGCAACUAAAAACCGCAUGAUCGGAAAUGCAGCAAAGAGUCAAGUUAUAACAAACUUCAAAAAUACAGUUCAUGGCUUCAAAAGAUUCCACGCUCGACCAUUUGAUGACCUAUUUGUUCAGACAGAAAAGCCCAAACUGCCUUACAGUUUAUGUAAGCUGGUCAAUGGAAACACUGGAGUUAAGGUUCGUUAUCUGGAUGAAGACAAAGUGUUCACAGUGGAGCAGAUCACAGGGAUGCUGCUCACCAAGCUGAAGGAGACGUCAGAGAGCGCCCUGAAGAAGCCGGUGGUGGACUGUGUCAUCUCAGUCCCAGGUUUCUUUACAGACUCAGAGAGACGGUCAGUGUUGGACGCCACUCAGAUCGCAGGCCUCAACUGUUUGCGACUAAUCAAUGACACAACAGCAGUGGCCUUAGCCUAUGGGAUCUACAAACAGGACCUCCCUACUCCAGAGGAGCGGCCGAGGAACGUGGUGUUUGUGGACAUGGGACAUUCAUCAUUCCAGGUCUCAAUUACAGCCUUCAACAAAGGAAAACUCAAGGUCCUGGCCACAGCGUUCGAUCCCUACCUCGGAGGCCGUUACUUUGACGAGGCGUUGGUGAAUUACUUCUGUGAAGAGUUUAAGAGCAAGUACAAGCUCAAUGUGAAGGACAAUCCGAGAGCUCUGCUGCGUCUGUACCAGGAAUGUGGGAAACUGAAGAAACUGAUGAGUGCCAACGCCUCUGAUCUGCCCCUGAACAUAGACUGCUUCAUGAAUGACAUUGAUGUUUCCAGCAGAAUGAACAGGGGCCAUUUUGAAGACAUGUGUGCUCAGUAUUUAUUGAGAGUCGAAGUACCACUCAAGGCAGCCCUGGAACAAUCAAAACUGAGCCGAGACGAUAUCUAUGCGCUGGAGAUAGUAGGAGGAGCUACGAGGAUGCCGGCCAUCAAAGAGAGGAUUGCCAAGUUUUUUGGUAAAGAUGUCAGCACCACGCUCAACGCAGAUGAAGCUGUGGCACGAGGCUGUGCACUUCAGUGUGCAAUCUUGUCUCCAGCGUUCAUGGUGCGGGAAUUCUCUAUCACAGAUGUGGUUCCUUUUCCCAUAACUCUUCGCUGGAAGUCACCAACAGAGGGCGGACUGGGAGACUGCGAGGUGUUCAGUAAGAAUCACGCUGCUCCGUUUUCCAAAGUAAUAACCUUUCACAAGAAGGAGCCCUUUGACCUGGAAGCCUUUUACAGCAGCCCUGCAGAUCUCCCGUACCCUGACCUCCGGAUAGGAUGUUUCUCGGUCCAGAAUGUGGUUCCUCAGCCUGAUGGCGACACCUCAAAGGUCAAGGUCAAAGUGCGAGUCAACGUCCAUGGCAUUUUCAGUGUGUCGAGUGCGUCUCUGAUCGAGAAGCAGAAAGGAGAGGGAGAGGACAUGGAGAUUGAAUGUGAGCCCAUGGAACAGAAUGACAGCGGAGGAGAGGAUCAGACCAAAAUGCAGGUGGACGUUGAGGGCCAGAGCCAAAUGGAUCAACAGAAUGAGGAAAGCAGGUCCAACAAUAAGGACGGUGCCUCUGGGGAAAAACAAGACCCAGCAUCAGGAGGAAGCAAGCCCAAAGUCAAGGUGAAAAGUAUGGAUUUGCCUGUCGUAGCCAACACAAUCCGACAGCUCAACAGAGAGGUUCUUCACAACUUUGUGGCGUAUGAGCGUCAGAUGAUUACACAGGACAAACUGGUAAAGGAGUUGAAUGACGCUAAAAAUGCAGUGGAGGAGUAUGUCUAUGACCUGAGGGACAAACUCUGUGGAGUCUACGAGAAGUUCGUCACAGAGGAGGACAGUAAACGGUUGACGCUGAUGCUGGAAGACACAGAGAACUGGCUGUAUGAGGAUGGAGAAGACCAACCCAAACAGGUCUACGAGGAGAAGCUAGACGCACUCAAGAGGUUGGGUCAGCCCAUUCAGGACAGGCACAGGGAGCAGGAGGACAGACCGAGAGCUUUUGAGGAGUUGGGGAAGAAACUGCAACUCUACAUAAAGUUUGUGAAUCUCCAUAAACAGAAGGAUGAGAGAUACGUACAUUUGAGUGCAGAGGAAAUGUCCAGUGUUGAGAAGUGUGUGAAUGGGAGCAUGGCCUGGAUGAACAGUAAGAUGAAUGCACAGAGUAAACUCACUGUAACCCAAAAUCCUGUGGUCAAAGUAGCAGACAUCAUCACCAAAAUACAGGAGCUGGAUACUGUAUGCAACCCAGUGAUGAACAGGCCGAAGCCCAUGGUGGAAGAAGCUCCUGACACCAAUGAUCAGAACAGUGGAGCUCAUAAUGGUCCCACAAACAGGCAAGGAGCAGAUGGAAAAGGUCAUCAGACAAAGGCUGGCACCAAAGACAUGGAGGUGGAAUAAGAUCCUCAACUGAAACACGAACUGUGCUGCUAUCACUGCGUUACCCAUCACUGACAUUUAGGAAAGUAGAAGCAUUUUCACCUGGGACCAAGUGUUCAACCUCAGCAGGCCUCACGUUUGUGGUUUAGGUUUUUCCUGCCCUUCACUGAACUUUGUUGUUUUAACCCUUUCACUUCACAUGUUGACAAUGUCGUGCUUUAUUCUCUGAAACAUUUAAAUACCUGAAUAAAUUAAGAACUGCUGC